AUGAGUCAUUCAAGUGGUAUUCCAGCUUCACCAGAAUUAAUUCAAAUUUUUGGUCAAGCUCAACAAGAUAACACCCGUUAUAUUAAAGUUGUUAUUAAAGAUGAUCAAUUAGUUGUUGAAGCUAAAAGCGAUAUUUCUGGUGAUUUUGAAUCAGAUUUAGAUUCAGUACCAUCAGUUUUAGAUAAAGCUUCACCAUGUUAUAUUCUUUACAAAAGAGACGAUAAAAGUAUCGAACUUACAGGUUAUAAUUGGAUUUUUAUGUUUUAUGUUCCAGAUAUUGCUAAAGUUAGAGAAAAGAUGACUUAUGCUUCAACUAGAGCCAAUUUAAAGAGAGAGUUAGGUGCAUCACAUUUCGUUGAUGAAAUCUAUUCAUCCAAAACAGACGAUUUCAAUAAAAAAGGUUAUCAACAACAUAAACGUCAUCAAGAAUCAGAAGCACCAUUAACUUGGGAUGAAAUGCAAAGAAAUGAUGAAAGAGAAGGUGGUCUCUUUGUUGGUGGUGGUGGUAAUGGUAUGCACGUUCAUGGUAUUUCAUUCCCAGUUGAAGAUAAAGCUUUAUCAGCUAUUAACGAUUUUGUUGGUAAAAGAGUAAACUAUGUCGAAUUAGCUCUUGACAUUCAAGAAGAAAAGGUUAUUUUUGGAUCAUCAUCAAACAUUGAUAUUAAUGAUGUCUCAUCAAAAAUUUCAACCACCGAACCAAGAUUCCACUUUUUCAGAUACUCACAUAACCACGAAGGUGAUAGUUUAGAUUCAAUUAUUUAUGUUUUCUCAUGCCCAGAUGGUUCAAAUGGUACCAAGAGUGCACCAGUUCGUAAGAGAAUGUUAUAUUCAUCAAGCAAAGCAAAUGUCGAACAACUUUUAACUAAACAAGAAGUUAAAAUCGACUUAAAACUCGAAAUUAAUUCACCAUCAGAAAUUUCAGCAGAUAGCAUUAUCAAUGAAUUACAUCCACCAAAAGUUGAAGAAAAGAAAGCUUUUUCAAAACCAGCUCGUCCAGGUCAACGUAAAUUAAUUAAAUAAAUCAACCAAAAUACUUCUUAUACCCUUCCAAAAAAAAAAAGUAAUAUUAUUUAUAAAUUAAAAAAAAAAAAAACAGCAACAAUAACAACAAAAACAACCCAACACUCUAUUUAAUAAAUUAAAAUUGUCAUUAUAAUAU